AUGGCAGCGGCUGGGGGGGCCGGAGGCGGCGGGGACCAGGCGGCCGCGGGGGGGAACCGGCGGUUGAAGUACAUCAGCCUGGCGGUGCUAGUGGUGCAGAACGCCUCCCUCAUCCUGAGCAUCCGCUACGUGCGAACCUUGCCCGGGGAGCGCUUCUUCGCCACCACGGCCGUGGUGAUGGCUGAGCUGCUCAAGGGAGCCACCUGCCUGCUGCUCAUCUUCAUCCAGAAACGAGGCAAUGUGAAGCAGUUCGCCCUGUUCCUGUACGACGCCGUGGUGCUGCAGUACAUGGACACGCUGAAGCUGGCGGUGCCCUCGCUGAUCUACACGCUGCAGAACAACCUCCAGUACGUCGCCAUCUCCAACCUGCCGGCAGCCACCUUCCAGGUCACCUACCAGCUGAAGAUCCUGACCACGGCCGUCUUCUCCGUCCUGAUGCUCCGCAGGAGCCUGUCGCGCCGGCAGUGGCUGUCGCUGCUGCUGCUCUUUGCCGGCGUGGCCAUCGUCCAGGUGGAGCAGGGCCAGGCGGGCGGGCAGAGCUCCCCGGGCUCGGCCCCCCAGAGCUACGCGGUCGGCCUGGUCGCCGUGGUGGUCUCCUGCCUCUCCUCGGGCUUCGCCGGCGUCUACUUUGAGAAGAUCUUGAAGGGCAGCUCGGCCUCCGUCUGGCUCCGGAACGUGCAGCUGGGCAUCUUCGGGACCCUGCUGGGGCUGCUGGGCAUGUGGUGGGCCGAGGGGGCGGCCGUGGCCACCCAGGGCUUCUUCCACGCCUACAGCCCGCUGGUGUGGGGCGUGGUCCUCAACCAGGCCUUCGGCGGCCUCCUGGUGGCCGUGGUGGUGAAGUACGCGGACAACAUCCUCAAGGGCUUCGCCACCUCGCUCUCCAUCGUGGCCUCCACCGUGGCCUCCAUGUACCUCUUCGGCUUCCGCCUGCACCCGCCCUUCGCCCUGGGGGCCGGGCUGGUCAUCGGGGCCGUCUACAUGUACAGUCUGCCCAAGGCCGGGCCGCCCCUGGGCCCCCGGCAGGAGCCCACUGCCCCGCCGCCCCUCGGCAAGGAAUCCAGCGAGCCGGGCUACCCGCCCAAGCUGGCAUGUAAAGAGAAGGGUUCCUGA